AUGCACCAUUACCAGACUUCACAGCGACAAAAGUUAGUUGGAGGCGAGAUGGCUAAAGUGAGCGCGAAUUUACUGACCGGAAGGUCCGUGGUUCGAACCCGACCUCUGCCUCUGGACUUCCCCUGUCUAGGCUUGGGCAACCUGGCCGUAUCCCAGACCUCAUGCUUCCUUCUGGUGGCAUGGCAGUUAGGCAGCGAAAGAGUGCUACAGCCGAUUGAUUUUUUAAAUUACUUUACUUGCACUUCAGCUUGCUUGCCCAGCUUCUUUUCAUUUUCACAUGGACGUAUACAUGGUCUAUUCAACCGUAUCCGCCUUUUCUAUUGGCAAGAACGUUUGGCUCUUUGUGGCCUUUUGAAGCUUGCACUGUGUAACUGGCAUGAUGGGUGGUCCUCGGUCGCAGAUGCUGUGUUCGCUCUGACUAGUUAUGAGACACGUACCGAACUAAUAAAUGCCGUAAUAACAGACUAUUUACACGUGGUGUCUGAAACUGAGGAAUUUGUAAAGAAUCAAAAGGGCCCCACGACUUCUGCAGGGCGUUUUGCGCCAUGUUUUGGUGGAGCCCUGGUGGACUUUGACGUGGGCGAUAACUUUGAUCUCAUGAUAUCACAAAAACUGAAAGAACAGGUCGAAUUACUCCAAGCGAUUCUAAUUGGAGUUCACAUGGAACUACAACCUUCAUCAACGUCGGCCGUAUCUCAGUUCACAAAGCUUAUGGAGUCUUUUUGGUCUCAAUCGUUAGGACUCCACCAACCCAUCCUACGAGCACUUGUCAAACGGCCUUCUAUACUGGAUCAAAUUUGCUUUUUACAAACACUGAUUCUUAUUCGUUCUGCGCGCUUGGAUUGCCCCUCCCUGUUUCGACGCACUGAUCCAAGAACCAAGUCGAGGAAAACUCCAUCCAGGCACAGUAGAGUUGCCCCUGGUUCAACAAGGACAGCAUCAACUUUGGAACCUGCAGCACCGCAUUUUCUAUCUGAUACACGUCUGCUUAAUCGACUGCUCGUCAGUCUGUCCGAUUUGGGUGACCUUCCUGUUCACGGACCGUUGUUGCUAUUCGGGGCUGUUUGCGCUUCCUCGUUCGCUCCACCGUCUGCUUCUUUGUCUGUUGCUGGUGAGCAGCGAACUGAUGAAGAGGUUGAAUGGGUACUUGCUAGUGGCGUUGGCGAGCAACUUGACCGGGGUGCAAUCAGCGAAACUGCUCAAUUACUUGCUGGUCAGUAUGGAAAAUUGGCUAUUGAAUCGUUACAUGUAUUCGAUUUCCUCAUGGAGCAGUUAAAUGGCUUCGGAAAUACCGAUUCUGGAUCAAGUGAACUCAUGGAUCACACAGGCACUGUUGUUGCUGCUACUGGAUUUGGUUCGGAAGCUCAUAUCGGACUUGUGGACUUUUGUGCACAUGUGGCCGUUUUAGAUUUACUUACCCUAUUGACGAGAGAUGUGGUUCUAUGGUCACUUGAUUCCCAACUUCCAGAUGUGCACCAUUAUCCCGAGCUGUUUGGUCCUCCGAAUCAGACCGCCUUCAUUCAACUCGUUGCGAAGACACUGCACGUCGUUGUUCAGCAUGUCCAGUACGUCAGUUCGCAGCCUCGACUAAAAUCAAAUAAGAAUCACGAAUCUGAGUCCGGUUCCGGCAUAGGUAACCGUCUUGCGAGUUUGAUCGAAUCACUGACUGAAGUCUUUCCUCAGCGUCUUGGCAUCUUACGGCUAUGUUCCGCCCUGAUGAUCCCCGGGAGGACGGCGUCAUCACGUGGUGCAGAAAGUUGCCUGGUCAAAUUGGUAUCCGAGCUGAUCUCUUCUAUGCCGUUCUUGUCCGAACCAUUUAGUCCAGAUCUGUCAGCCAUGCUUUCUCGAAACAGCACACCGUGGUAUCCGUCGUUGGACAGUGGAGGGGAUUUGACACAAACCAAUGAGGUGGUUCUCACACAGCCAUAUACGAUUUGGCAAACCGAAAGUCGUUUUGGCGACCACCGCAAAUCCUCUUAUUCGACCAAGCUUCAGCUGCCCGCUGGAACUCAUGGAAUCAUUCGGUCAGAUUUGGGUUUGGUUAUUUGGAAAUACGAGCACUCCGUUUGGCAAGUGCUGGAAUGCGAAAUUCAACAGACAUGGAGCGUGUUUGACUCCGUCUACAGAACUGAGUUCGAAUUGAUAGGACUGUCGCAUUCGCAAUCUUUUGCUGGAUCUUUAGAUGAUCAUCAGGCGCGACUGUAUACUCGACUACUGCGGCUAUUUGAAUUCGUUUGUUUUGUCAAUUCUUGUGUGCAAGCCGACGUCCACUUACCGUUUUGUCUUCGCGUGAUGGGACAACUGUGGCAAUUACUCAUUCAUAUCCUCGACCUGGCAAGCGAAAGGCAGCUUGAAACCAGGCGAUUGCCUAAGGAUUCUGAGGCAGAUAGUAGAAUUCAUCGAUUGCUACUAAAUCGGUUGUUACCAACCAUGGUGCGUUUAUGGGGCGCGGUAAUGAACAACCUGUCGAAUGGGGGGUCGACCCGUCUUUUUGAGAAUCACACAGACCUAUGGGGACGCCUUUUCGGGGAUCAUGCAACCCUCUUCCCUGGAGUUCUUUAUGCUCGGAAUGUUCAGUCCACCAAGACCCAACUCAACCUGACCACAUCGCACAUCACCAAACAGUUUGCGGAAAUGAAAACUAGUCUACUUGACGCCGGACGGCCGUCGAAUACAGUUCUUUCUUUUGAGCUUCUCAUCGCUUACCUUGACUUUGUUUCCGGCCUGCUAGCUCUGACCAAAUGGUACAGUGGUGCUUUCGCAGAUCCAGCUGAAGUAUCACCGAUAGACAAUGGUAUGGAACUGCUGAGAGGCGCCGUUUUGUUCGUUGUGCAACACUUACUUCCGGACUUGCUUCAUCCAGACAAAUGGAUUCAUUUUUUGGGUACAUCCAAGAAUUCAUUUGGUCUCCACUGUUUGGCUGAACGUUGUCUCAUCUUGUUGACCGAUCUACUAACAACCAGCUGUUUGGAUUCCGACUCUUUGGAGAACCUUGAUCUUCUAUCGUCUGAUGCCGUACAUGAGGCACUACAGUCCACGGGAAAGAUUCAUCCGAUUGGAAAACUUCGUCAGUUCGCAUUGCACCUACUGCUUAACAAUAGAUCGGCUCUGGAUAGUUUACUUGCUCUGUCUUCUAUUCCUGUCCGCUUACUCCUUGUUCGAUACAAAACCUUGGAGAAUGGGCUCAUCAUUACCACAGCGAAUGGGCAGUCCAAUGCGUGCGUAAACUCCCACGGUGGACGUAUGGCUCGAACUACUUGGCUAGCGAUUAUUCUUGUGCAUCAUCUGCUGAAUUUGGAAUAUGCUUGGUACACUCGACACUCAGGUUCCAGCUUCUCCAAUCCAGUCCAACCUCUCCUCAGUGAGAUUCGACGUCGAGUGAACCCGUCUACAAGAGAGCAUUAUGUUGCCACCCUGUUUCAUUACAUCUACUAUCCGUACAAUGUUGGUCUGUCGCGAGCUGCCGUAACUCUGCUGAAGUGGAUAAUUCAGUACUCAGAUAUGAACGUGGUCGAAUCGCUCGGUGAUCAAACUUCCUUUGUUCGCUCUAUUUGUUUUCAACGAUUGGUCUCGUCCACUGAUGAUCAGCUUACGAGGGCCUGUCUGUUCGACUUAAUUGCAGAAUCCGUACUGUGUUGUGGUGAAUUCCAGGAUAACAAUAGUCAGUCAUCGGCGCGAAGACCAACCGGAUUCCUCCGUCUACUCAUUUCCAGUCCGCCUGUUAGUAGAGGUGCGCAAGAAGAUCACUGGCUUGGCCUGAUGCCGCUGGAUGCAGCUGAGAAAGAACAGCAAAAGCCGGACUUGUUCAAAUGCUGUCUUGCUGUACUAAAGGAUGCCCGGGACAAAUCCAAAGAAGGAUCCGUCGACCAGAUUACAAGCCUGUGUCUCCGAAACGUGUGCAAACUGAUUUCUGCCUUCUAUCUUCAAGAUCUACAAUCAUGUAUCGACACAGUGAAAAAAGAGCCAAACUUCUGGGAACUAGUCACUUUCCCGUUGAUGAAUUUCCUCCGUACGGCCAGAAACAACGAAAAGGUGGACUUGUCAAACGUGGAGAAUGAACUGUUCGGUCACAUUGUUAGCAUAUUGGCUCUGGAGCUCUUCAACACAAUCUUUCAGCAGUGCAAUUUCAAUUUGGACCAAAGUUUGGAUAAAAUCUUGUCACAACUGGUUAGACAAAACGCCUACACGUCGUGGUUCAAGCUGGUAGCACACCGUCUGCGACAGCAUUCACGCACCAUCCCAAUCAACACCCGAUCGAGCCCAGAAUCCCAGACUACUCAGCAGCAGUCAACACAACUCGAUGCACUGUAUGAUGCAACUUGUCGUUGGAAAUGUCUUUUGGUUCUACAUUUGAAGCUCAUCCAAGCCGGGUUCGAGCGACCAGCGACCUCUCUGUCAGAAAGUUCACUUGAUGUCAGUCCUAUCGUCACGGAACUGCUAACUUGUCUACAUUUGCUGAAUGACAUUGCCUUCGAAUCUGGUACAUCAGCUCUGGCUGGACAAUUGGGUUCCUGUCUAACGACUGCACUGCAACAUCAGACUCAAUGUUUUCUUAAGCAACCCAAAACUCCUCCCACGGAUCUGGAGGACCGUCUUGGUCAAGUGCUUUAUUUGGUACUCCAGUUCCGACCCGAUUCCGACGAACAAACUCAACACAUGCACGUAGAGCUGUUGGCAAGUUGUUCUCUGCUCUUGCAAAUGACAAAGGACGAAACAGCGAUGGCGGAUAGACAGAAUUCCAAAGGCGAUUUCCAGCAGUUACGCCUAGAUCUGCUGCACUGUGUGUUCGCUUACAUGGCUCCACUUUCGCUUUGUACAAAGUUAACUGUCGCAGAUGAACUCGCACUUCGUCAGUGCAUCAACUUGGUGAUGCAACUGUGGACGGUUGUCGGACCCGAUCUGGUCUCAGAUCGACUGGUGCAGACGGGGAUUCUGCAUAAUCUUCUCCAAACCAUGAUACAAUAUUCCAAAAUGAGGAAUGGUGCUUCUCUCUGUCGUGAUAUAUUAAGUCUGGUCAGUAUGCUUGCGCUUCCAUGUGCAGUUCAGAUCCCCUGUAUGAAUCGUCGUCUCUAUCCGGAUUUGGACGAAUCCCAAACUCUUUUGAACGGUAAAAAGGGGGUGAAUGGCAGAAGUGCUCAGUUUUUAUUCUCUGGUGCUGAGUUGGUCGCAUCCUACGGACCGCUGCUUUCACAAGCGUUGAUAUGGCCCGGAACCGAAGUUCUUGUACAGUGGAUUCGAGAAGAUGAAGCCACAUUUGCUAUGUCACGCACUUCCCUUCCCGUCAAUUCUGAUAUCUCUCCGUUGUCCGUCAGUCCUAGCGCUGUCCCCUGCUCGAUCCCAACCAAGGGAGAAUGGACAGCCUUGCUUCUGACACAACUUCGAUUCCUCUGUUCUUUGUAUGACGCCCUUGGUGGUCUCGCUCAUCCUUUCGUUGGACAACUUUUACACACUUUCUGCAGUGAGAACUAUUCUCAAUUUGAGGCUUUGCUCACUCUAUGGUCUGAGUCGCUUUACAACGGUGCUUUGUUGACCCCCACAUUGCAAAGACCGUUGCCACCGACAGCCUCCUUGUUGCGUGAAGGACUGUUGUCUCCCUCUCGGAUCCAACUGGCCGAAAGCUUGUGUGCUCUUUUAUGGCGUGUACUCCUGUCCGGACAGUCACUUGGCAUAAGCCCAGUGACUUCGGGAUCCGGUCUUCCGACACUUGGCAUGAAUGUGCUGUUCCGUUCCGAUUCCAGAGCAAACGAGAAUCUGUCAGCUGAUACGAUACGCUAUGCGGCAUCGUACGGACCAGCAUCCUCUCCACAAUUUGCUGCCGCAGUUUUCUCCAUGGCUGAGUUUCAGAUUCAUGUGUGCACUGUCCUAUUUGAACGUCCUGGCUUUCGGCCAGGAGCCAAGACCUUAGUGGGCGGAACUCCGAACCACACCCCAUCGAAAUCUACUCAGAUGUCCGACGCACGAAGCCGUUCGACGGCGUCCCCGUCCCGACCACUCACACCACUGCGGAAGGCAGGUUUGGAUAGCCCAUUGUUCCCUACUACAGAUGCGUCAGCAAUGACGACUGGAAGUGACUGUACGGGAGAGGCAGAGCUCGAGUGCCUAGUUCGACAUUUGGUCACUUCCCUUAGCCUUCUCAUAAUUCAGUUACCUUCAUUGGGCUAUUUGAGCCUACUGAGUUGCGAAGAACUGCACGAAUUACGAAGUCCCAUCCAGUUGGUGUUCAAUUCGCCCAACUUAGAUGACGGCAGUUUCCGUUUAAGCUUCGGUGGACUGCUCAACCUAGCUCAUUCCCUUGGAUAUUUAAUCAGCAAGGUAUGCGGUCAAACCAGGCUGGCGGAAGUAACUGGGGCUAACAGAGACAAAAACAGACUAAGAUCACUUCUCGUGCAGGCGCACGAAAUGACCGUAUCACUUAUUUGCUCUCAAGCUACUCUGGUUCUGGCUAGCGCGCAGACAUCGCCUUCAGAUAAGCAGCUUCUACUCCGCGAACUGUCCGGUGAAUUGAAAUCCUCCAAUGUUUUCGGCCGUCCAGCACGUCGAAUUCACAGAUCGAGUAUGGCACGCUCCUCGCGCAGCCCUAGGAGUCGUUCGUCUAGUGUUGUUCAUCAAAGACCUCACGAUUCCUCUCCACACACAUCGACAUCAGUUUCGGUCGUUGGUGCCGCCGUGGCCGAAUCUGCACAAGAUUCUAUGGGUACUAAAUUGUGCACUUCUGAUCUGACCGCAUUUGAUUUUGAACAAGCUGUGGACCGUUUUGCCGAGCUACUUCGGUUGACCGUAUAAAUUGCUCGAUGCCAUCCCUUGCUCCCACUCUGUUGUUUUAUGUCUGCCGGGACCUUUGUAUAAAACACCUCGUUUUCAC